AUGUCAAGAUUUGACUGGAUUGCCACAAUUGGUGUAAAUCUAUGGGUCCUCAGAUGUGUUGGACUAUGGCCUGAAAAAAAUAAGCUCUACGAACCCAAUUUUUACACGUUUUAUGCUGCAUUUAACGCAAUUGUUAUAAUUGGUGGCCACAAUCUGUCACAAAUUAUCAAGAUUUUCUUCGUAUAUACAGACUUAGAAGCAGUGACAGCGACGAUAUUCGUCUUAACAACUAACAUUCUGGCGACAAUAAAAAUGUAUUUUUUUGUGCGAAACUUAAAUGUGAUUAAACAGCUUUUUAGACAACUCAACGAACAACAAUUUCAGCCGAAAUCCGCAGAUCAAGUGAAUUUAAUUCAACCAUCUCUAAAACGGUGGAUGAUUUCUUAUACAGUGUUUCACACCAUUGUGGCGACAAAUGUGCUGCUGUGGUCCAUUGCUCCCUUGUUAAACGAAAACCAGAAAUUUCCCUUUGUUGCGUGGUAUCCUUUCGAUACAGAAAAUUCGUUAAAUUAUCAUGUUGUCUACACGUAUCAGGUUGUAUGUAUCUGGUACAUAACAGCAGCUAAUAUAAAUCUAGACUCAUUAACUUACGCUCUUUUGAUGUACAUUUGGAGCCAGUGUGACCUUUUAUGUGACGAUCUAAGUAAAAUGAAUGGUGAAAUUGGGUUUGAGACGAAGUUUAGAGAAUGUGUCAAACAUCACAAGCAGAUAGUUCGUUUCGCCACAAAAAGUAACGAAUUUUUCAAUAUGUUAAUAUUCGGACAGUUCGCUACUAGUACGCUAGUUCUAGCACUGACUAUGUUCCAGCUGAGCUUAGUACAUCCUGUAAGUGAAGAAGCUUUUACUCACCUGUCGUACAUAACCGGAAUUUCGACACAGCUUUUGUUGUACUGCUGGUUUGGCAAUGAAGUCGAAAUCAAGAGUUCUCAAAUUCCAUUUGCGCUCUAUAAGUCUGACUGGUUUGACCAACCUACCCAUGUGAAAAAAAAUCUUUUGAUUUUUAGUGUGAGGUGUCAGAAUCCCAUCAAAAUAACAGCUUUAAAUUUGUUCGCUUUGUCUUUGCGAACUUUUGUUGCUAUACUUCGAACUGCUUGGUCCUAUUUUGCCGUUCUUUAUAAAGUUAACAAUCCAUAG